AUGGGUGCAUCGCAGUCGACAGGAGAUGCGCAGGCGUCUGCAGAUACUGGGGAAGUAAAGACGAGUUACUACCUUCUGCUGGGCGUAGAGAGGGAUGCUACACAAGACGAACUUAAGAAAGCAUAUCGCAAGAAAGCGUUAGAACUACACCCCGACCGAAACUAUGGUGACGUCGAACGUGCUACCGCCCUAUUCGCCGAAGUCCGGAACGCGUACGAAGUACUGUCAGACGAACAAGAGCGCGCAUGGUAUGAUGCGCACGAGGGAACCAUACUACGGGGCGGUACCGGGGAGGAAGUCGGCGAGGAUACAUGGCAGGGCGAUAUACGCAUGACUACCUCAGAUGAGCUGGCGCGGAUGAUGGGCAAGUUUAGAGGGAAUGUCGAUUUCACAGACUCACCCAACGGCUUUUUCGGCUUUGUGCGCGAGACCUUCGAGCAACUUGCCAAGGAGGAAGCAUACGCGGCAGCCUACGAGGACAUCGAGGCGCCAGAGUAUCCAACCUUUGGUCACAAGGAUGAUACAUACGAGGGCGUCGUGCGCGACUUUUAUACCGCAUGGAACGGUUUCGCUACAGUAAAGAACUUUGCAUGGCUGGACCGGUAUCAACUAAGCCGCGCCGACUAUCGCGAAGAGCGCAAGGCCAUGGCCAAGUUGAAUCAGAAGUUACGGGACGAGGGUAGGAAGGACUUCAACGAAGCCGUCAGAGCAUUGGUAGCAUUUGUACGCAAGCGAGACCCGCGAUAUACUCCACAAACGGAAGAGCAAAAGGCAAAGGCACAAAAAGAGGCUAGGAAGGCCCAGGCGGCGCGAGCGAGAGCUGCACAAAUUGCAAAGUUGGACCAAGAAGCGCAGGAAUUGCCAGAAUGGGCUACGGCACGACCAGCUGACGAGCUUGAGGAGGAAACUGAAGAGGAGGUCGAGGAAGACCUCUAUGAAUGUGUAGCAUGUAACAAGACGUUCAAGAGCGAGCGACAAUAUGACGCGCAUGAGAAGAGCAAAAAGCACCAGAAGGCAAUCCAGGCCUUGAAAUGGAAAAUGCAAAAAGACAACGCAAAGCUGGACUUGGACAAGGAUGCUAUCAGAAGCGGUACUAUAACACCAGCCAAAGAUGAGCCUGUAGAAGAUGAGGAGUUUUCCGAUGAAGCCGCGGAUGAUGCCAUCCAAGACAUUACAAAGGAAACAGAGCAACUCAACGUAGACGACGACAGUAUAGACGAAGAAAAUGGAGAGCGCCCAGAAAAGAGUAUACCUAGCAAGACCGACGCAGUGUCACCCGCCACCCCCAACAUAAAAUCAGAAGAAGACGACGAUGACGAUGACGACGAUGAGUACGUCUCACGUUCCGAAAUCGAAGCUCGACUCGCCGACUUCAGCACCAACGCCUCAUGCAUCGAUCCCAUCGACCCCGAAACCCCCACCAGCCCUCCAGAACCCAAAAUGGGAAAAGCUGCACAGAAACGAGCAAAACGAGCAGCCAAACAAGCAGAAGUCUCAGAAGCAGAGUCAAAUCUAUCUUGUGCUGGUUGCAGUGCUGCGUUUCCGUCCAAGAACCAGCUUUACCAGCAUUUGAAGAAGAAUCCGAAACAUGCGGCGCUGAAGCCGGUGACGGAAGGGGGCAAGAAAGGAAAGAAGAAGAAAUGA